AUGGCCAACAUCCCCCUAAAAAUCACCCAAGACCCCUUCAUCCCGCUCAACUCUCUUAUCCUCCUCACCGGAAUCAACGGCCUAAUUGGUAGCCACAUAGCCAACCAGCUGCUCUCCGCCGGCUACCGCGUCCGCGGCACCGUCCGCUCCAAAUCCCGAUGCACCUGGGUCAAGCCCUUCUUCGCCUCGCGCCACGGCGCCAACCGUCUCGAGCUCAUUGAAGUCCCCAACUUUACCAUCCCGCGAAUCUGGAAAGCCCACGUUGCCUGCGUCUCCACCAGACGUUUCAAAGCCGUCAAUGAAGAUCUCAAAAUUCUGUACGGCUUACUCCACGCCUCCAGGACGGCGGCGGGCUCAAACACCGUCAAGGCAUUCAUCUACACCAGCUCUUCGUGGGCGGCGUACAAGCCCAAGGCCGUGGUCGCCGCUAGGAUGAUGACGGAGGAGUCGUGGAAUCAUGAAGCGGUGGUAUUAGCUGAAGAUUCGAUCAUUCCUGAUGCCGAGAAGGGACUUGCUCCGUUCAUGGCUAUCAGGGUCAAAGUCGAGGAGGCGAUGUGGGACUGGGUUGCGAGGGAAAACCCCGAAUUUACGUUCAACGCAAUACCUUGGUCAUUUAUUUCCACCGUCAUUGGGCCCAUCCUUAAUCCUAUGAAUCAGUCGGCCAGCACGGCUAGGUUGGUCAGGGAUUUGUACGAUGGAAAGCAGAAGGAGGUGUUAGAUUUCAUUCCCAUUCUCGGACCGGCGUGGGCCAUUGAUGCUCGAGAUGCGGGUCGGCUGUAUCUGGGCGUGUUGGUAUCGGGCCUGACUGGAUCACGGGUCUUUGGGUCUGCGGGGCGGUUCAAUUGGAAGCUGCCUCUGGACAUCUUCAAGGACUUGUAUCCUAAGAGGAAGGACUGGAUGGAAUUGCCGGGAUCAUAUCAAUAUGAGGAAUCGGAGAUCCAGGCGGACAUCCCCCUCUUGUUGUUGGGUGCUGUCGGACAGGAAGGGUGGACGAGUUUGAAGGACAGCCUCCAAGAUGCGGUGGAGAGGUUUGGUUCGACUGGAAAGUCCUAA